AUGGCAAAGACUACGAAGGGAGGCAAAACUAUGAACCCUACCGACGCUUAUCGGAAGGAGCUCCGAAAAAGGGAAUUAAAAAGGAAUAAAAAAGAGAGGAAGAAGGUGAGGGAAGUUGGCAUUUUGAAGAAAGAUCCUGAGACCUUAAAAGACCAGAUUCAGAAGCUGGAAGCUAUGAAGGCUGAUGGUGCUUUGGACAAAGCAAGAAAACACAAGAAGAGACAACUUGAGGAUACACUGAAUCUUGUUAUCAAGAAAAGGAAGGAAUACGAAAAUAAACUGAAGGAAAAAGGUGAAGCACCGGUUAUGUUCAGUCAUUUGGGGCCUGUUCAAAGGCGGACUACUGCGGAAGAGGAAGAAAGAGUUAAGCAUCCUAGACCUGAAGACUCAGUCUACUAUCACCCAACUUUGAAUCCUUCUGGAGCUCCACCACCCGGGAAACCUCCUAUGUUCAAAUCAUCAAUAGCAUUACUGGAUGAAGCUUCCGGUAAGGGUAUCCUAGGUCCUGCACGUCAAAGUAACAAAAAGUAG